GAACUCUGUGAAGCCGAGAUUCCGGCAUGGCGACCAAGCGGCUGGCGCGGUACGCUAGGGGUUUCUCCUCCGGGUGGGCGACGGUCAUCCUCAGCCGUUUGGUCUGGAACUGAAAAGGGCCUUGAUCUUCUCGGUCUCGAGCCCCUCUCUAUUCGCGCCAAGUUGGAGGAGCCCGAGAAACCCCCGGGUCCUCUGCGUGGUGUGCGUUCAUUCUAGGCCCUUGGGAACGCCUGGAAUGUGACAGCUCUGCACACUGUUCUCAGGCGGCUUGGAUUAAUUAGGAGAAAGUCAGUUACACCAGCAAGUGGAAAUCCAGGAGGAAGCAGAUUCAAACAGUUGUAUGACUACUUAAUUGUCAUUGAUUUUGAGUCUACAUGCUGGAGUGAUGGGAAGCACCACAAUAGCCCUGAAAUAAUUGAAUUUCCAGCAGUUUUGUUGAGUACAGCAACUGGAGAGAUUGAAUCUGAGUUUCAUGCUUAUGUCCAGCCUCAAGAACAUCCAAUUCUUUCUGAAUUUUGCACAGAACUGACAGGGAUAAAACAGGCUCAGGUUGAUGAAGGAGUCCCCCUGAAGAUUUGCUUAUCCCAGUUCUGUAAAUGGAUUCAUAAGCUUCAGCAGCAGAAGAAAAUCAGUUUUGUCACUGGGGAUUCAGAGCCUUCUCCUUCUGAAGUGAAACUGUGUGCUUUUGUUACUUGGUCAGACUGGGACUUGGGCGUUUGCCUAGAGUAUGAGUGUAGAAGAAAGCAGCUGUUAAAACCUGUGUUCUUAAAUUCUUGGAUUGACCUCAGAGCAACUUACAAGCUUUUUUAUAAGAGAAAACCCAAAGGACUGAGUGGUGCCUUGCAGGAAGUGGGAAUAGAAUUUUCAGGCCGAGAACAUUCUGGCUUAGAUGAUUCUCGGAACACUGCUCUUCUUGCUUGGAAAAUGAUCAGGGAUGGUUGCCUAAUGAAAAUUACCAGGUCCUUGAACAAGGUUCUCACUAAGAAGAAUACCAAGAUUUUGGCCAGAAAUUUGUGUACAGAUCAAGUUGAAGAAGCAUCUGCCUGCAACAUUAGCAUCCAGGGUCCCAGCAUAUAUCAAAAGGAGCCCCAAAGUACAGUAAAUACAAAGGAAAAUGCUCAAAUGAAUUCAGUUUGUGUGAAUUCCUGUGUAAAGGACCAAUUACAGUUAAAAAGCAACAUGAAAGCAGAUCUUUACAAUAUCAAACAUAGCUUGCCUCUUUUCACUACCAAGUCCUCCACGUCUGUAGAACAACUGCGUUCUCCCACGGUAACUCCAUCUCUCUAUAUACAGAAGCCAAGUCACAGUGUUCAGCUUGCAUCAAAUGACAGCUCAAAGUCCUCAACACUUAACUCCAACCUGGUGCUUGUAUCUACAACCAUCCCGUCUGUUAAUCUUGUUUCUGAUGUAGAAAUGGGUCAUACUUUUGACUGUUUACCAAUGUUGGCUGAGUGGGAAGAUGUAGUUUUACUGCCAGCAUCUCAGGCUGAGUUAGGUGCAGACUGUAUGCCUCCUAUUAGUGACAUAAAUGUGGAUAUUUCUUUUAAUUCUGUAGAGAGAUCAUUGGUUUCAGGAGAACCAGAAACCCUUAGUUAUGAAAACUUUGAAGACCUUAAGGAAACUCCUCAAAACUCUGAGACAUCUAAGUCUAUUGUGUAUAAGAGUCCUCACAGUACAGUCUAUAAUGUAAAAGGAGCCAAGCACAAAGCAAGUUCGGAUGCCUCGGUUUUUAAGUUACCCGAAUGCAAACCAUUUCCUUUCACCAGUGUUCAUGCGAAUGCAUCGCAUCCUUCAGUUCUGAGGACACAGCCUCUCCUUUCAGGUGGUACUAAAAGGAAUUCAUUUAGUCCUCCAGCUUUCCCACGAGCCAAAAAGCAGACCUUCACUAUUCAUGAAGAAAAGUCGACAUCAUCUAUUUGCUCUCCAGGAACAACUUGUAAAGUUUCUCCCUCUGUAUUAACAUCCACAGUUAAUCUACAAGAGCUUUGGAAGACUGGAAAGAUGACACCCCCUUUAUGCAAGUGUGGCAGAAGAUCUAAGCGGCUUAUUGUUUCUAAUAAUGGGCCAAACCAUGGGAAAGCCUUCUAUUGUUGCCCUGUUGGGAAAUACCAAGAAGACAGAAAAUGCUGUGGUUAUUUUAAAUGGGAACAAACACUUCAAAAAGAAAGAACCAAUGGCAAAGCUCUACCUCAUUCCUCAAAAGGACUCACUUUCAGCUCUCCAGAAACAAGCCAUAUUCAUGACAGAAAUUUAAGUUUUCCUGUUAAAAAUUCUUUACGACUCAGACCUUCAAUGAGACAUUGAUAAAACUUUCUUCUAAACUGUCUUUUACUUCAGUAUAAGUCUUAUCUGACUUUUAUGCAGGAAAGAUAGCAGUAGGGUUUACGUUACACAGCCUCAGCAUAUCUGAGCACUGCAGUUACACUAGAGCAGUUCAUACAAACAGAAGGGAAGUGUCUUGUAUGACGUGCACUCUUGCCAAGUAGUUGUCUAUCAACUGUCGUCUGUUCAUGUAGUAACCCUUGUUCUUAGAUUUCCAAGGAUGAACAUUUAGAUAAUCUCAUAUAUUUUAUAUAUUAACAUCUGCUGAAUUUAUCAAACUAUCAAAGAACUACAAGGAAAAUCUAUUUUUACAAUCAUGUUUAUUAGGUUAAAUUUAAUAACUAGCCAUAGAGACAGCCAUCACUUAUACUUUGACCUUCAAACAAUUUUCAAACUAUUUUUAAAUUACUUGAAUAAAAAUAUGACUAGUAAAGUUCUUAUUCAACUUUUAGGUAAAUAUUCUAAGAAUUAUGACAAUUUCCUAAAAAUAAGGUUCUUUUCAAAGUUUGAAGAUUUGUUCUGAUUUGUAUAUUAGCAUAUUAGAAUUGUUCAGUUAAGUUUUGAAAACCCAUGUGGCAGAGAUUUGGUUUAGAAACUGCUCCUAAAAUAAAUUAUAAGACAUCUCGGCAUCUGAUGACAUUCAUUUUAUGUUGGCAAAUUACAGGAACAUUGACAUGAAUGCAGAAGGAUUCAGUGAUUAUUUGAUUUCAGAAUUAGGUCUCUGGUGUCAUAACUACAACAUGCUUUAAAUCUAGUUUAAAAGCAGUCUGCCCACAUAAUCUGUGGUUCUUGCAGACUUGUAGACUCUGUGUUUAUAGAUACGCAGGUGAUGAGUGGGAUGAGUUUAAAUUGCUGUCCAUUCCUUUUUCCUCAGUUCAUUUCUUUUGACCUUCCCACUGACAGUCUUUGGCAGCUCUUCGAUAAAUUCUACCUGUUGGUAUUAAGAGGAAGAAGAAGUUAGUCCCGCACUUGUAAACUUCAUUCAGGGCAUGCCAGUUAUGCAGUAGUUUCAGAUUCUAGAUGAAAGGAUGAAGUUGGGAUUUUUUUAUUUGUUUGUUUGGUUGGUUGGUUUUGGUUUUUUGGGUUUUUUUUUUUAUAUUAAUAUUAUUAGCUAAUUGACUGAAUUAUGUUGGGGGCUUCAGUUUAGCCUCAAAAUUUUUGAUUAACUAUUGUCAUUAGUUCUGUUUAAAACAUCUUGUAUAGCAUAUUUAAGGAGAAAGGUCAUUUAAAAUUAAAGAAAAAAAAAAAACAAAUAGAAAAUUUUCCAAAGCACUGAACAAAUAUCAAUUGUAACAAGUACUACCUUUCUGGGGUAUUUGUAAGGCGCUGUAGUCUUCUUCACAUGCUCCUGAAUCUCCUUUUUCAGUUGCUCUUGAUCAUGGGACUUGUAAUCGGGAUUCAGGACAAUAAAAGCCUUUACUACCU